AUGGCGGAUGAAAUUUUUGCAAACCAAUGUAGCAUGUUUAUGGUUUCCCUCAUUUCGGAAAAUGUUCAAGAGACGCACAUAAGUUCUUAUCUAAAGAAAUUAAUAAAUUUUAAAAAUGCUGCUUAUGUCUCCAAGGUUGCAUCUUCAUUGUGGAAACUUGAAUCUGAAGAAAUUAAGUUAUAUUUUAACACACUUGCAGAUAAAAAGAAGAUCGAGCAUCAAAAAUUAUAUUCCGAUUACAAAUAUCAGCCAAAAAAUAAGUUACGUAGACGACGCAAAUUAUCUAAAAGUAAUUCCAAAAGUCAUUUAAGCGAUGAAGACAUUAAUAAUGUAGUCAAUUUUGCUUUGUCAUCAUUUCCUUCGCCAAAUAUAAAUAAAUCUCCAUCACCACCUAUUCUGCCUGCAUCACCACUUCCUCAAUUGCAACCAUAUGAUUUCUUUCCAAUUUGUUCAGAUUUUAUUAGCGAAUUUAAUCAAAUUCAAUUUAUACCUUUUUAUGAUUCUUCAUUAGCAUCCAAUUCAAAACGACUUAAAGCAAAUUUUUCAUCUUCAGAUGACACAAUAUUAGCAAUUGAUGUGUUAAAAGAAACCGCGCUUGGUGCAAAACGGGUGCAAUAA